AUGAACAAACGAGGCAAGGAUGUCGACUGGUCAAAGUUAGCAAAUGCAUCCCCUAAACCAAAGAGACUUCACUUAGAAGAGGAUGACUCUGAUGGUCUUUUUUACUUCCCAGUGCAAAUUUGUAACCACGAUGGAUUCACUACGCAAAGAGGCUGUAGAAAACACGUAAAGAGCAAACACAGUUGGUACUAUUACUUCGACGAGAAGCCAGACAGUGCGCAAAUCGACACGCUUAAUGUCGAUGAAACCGACAAAUGUGAAGCCAGUGAUCAGAAGAUUACGCCGCGUAAAAGCAGGGCAAUUGCCUCUUUUGAUUCUACGAACAAAAUUGCCAAGAACUUUUUUUCGUGGCUCACUGGCAGCGGUGGGGCUGUAAAAGGGAUCGACAAGCACAACAGAUCGUGA